GCGCGCCAGUCUUGCACGCGUUUCGACGGCGAAUAGUUCGGGUGACUUUGAGUGAGGAUUCCUGUUGUAAACUGUGACAUUCGCCCCAAACAUGGCCGAAACGGUCGAGGAAACCUACGAGACGGAGGUCCGGCGGAAGGUCAUCCGGACCAGCUUCAAAAUCGAAGAAACGUCCUCAACGACGAAAACCACUACAAUGACAACACCAGCCAAACUCUACGGCAGAGAUCUCAGUGAAUACGACGAAAUAGAUGUAGACGAACUGUUAAAUAAAUUAUCAGCUGAAGAAAUCAACAUCUUAGCCAAAGAAGUAGACCCUGAUGACACAUUCUUGCCCCCGUCACAAAGGUGUAGUUACGACUGCGAGAAAGAACCCACGGGCCCCCUAAAUCGGAAGCAGUUGAUUGACCACAUAAACAAACAAGCAAUUGAGACCCCUGACAAGCCGGAACUUAAACCCUAUGUGGCUGGCACCGUUAGAGGAAAAAAAUGGAUACCACCGCCACCCCCACUCAAAGAACAACAAGCGGAUGAACAGAUUGCUGUGGAUCUGGGGGAUGAGUAUGAGCAGGCGUUGUCCUUGGCAACACAGGAGGAGAUAAUCGAUUUAGCUGCCAUCUUGGGCUUCCACUCCAUGAUGAACCAGGACCAAUACCACGCCUCUCUCUUAAACAAGAACCAACCCGUCGGCCUGGGCUGGGACGGCAUCACGAAAGCGUCAAAACAAAAAAUAUACCCUAUGGAACCACCAAACUCGACGGAUCCGGACGAAUCGAUAAAGAAAGUCCAGGAUGACGAUCCCAAAUACAUCGAUCUCAAUUGGAAUAACAUUAAAAACAUAUCAGAUGAGAAAUUCGACAGUCUGUUUGAAGCUUUAGCCAACAACACCCAUCUGGAGACGUUGUCGUUAGCGAAUGUGGGCUUGACGGACCGAGGGGUCGAGAAUUUGGCGCAGGCUUUAGAAAAAAAUAAUACUAUAAGGGUUGUAAAUGUAGAAACUAACUUGAUCUCGCCUACUGGAAUCGUACGGUUAAUUAAGUCGCUGCUGAAGACGAAGUCGGUGGAAGAGUUCAGAGCGUCGAAUCAGAGAUCACAAGUUUUGGGUAACAAGAUAGAAAUGGAAAUAACACAAUUAAUAGAGAAGAACACGAGGCUGUUGAGGUUGGGUUUGCAUUUAGAAUACAACGAUGCCCGUCACCGCAUCGCCAGUCAUUUACAACGUAACAUUGACACAAGUAUUUAUUUAGUGCUCUUGUCAGCUCAAUAUUUCGAGAACGCCGCCUGUCUCGGCUGGGGGCGACCAGCUCAUAGUGUGCUGUGGUCGCGACUACGUCGUAGGCGCCGCAUGGGUCAGCUGCCUCGUAACUACAUGGUAGGAUAUCUGUAGGGCCUACGUCACCGCUUCUGAAGCCACAUGCAGUGUUGCAGUCCAGCCGUGCUUGAAUCAGCCUUCUUUACUAAAAUAUACAUAUAUUUAACUCUAAGUUUAUUAUGUCAGACUAUAUAUUUUCUUUAUGUGUCGUUAUUUUAUAGGUUUAAAGAGAUAUUUAGAAGUUCUCCUCUGUAAGGUUUGUUGCUGUGUAGCGUUUAGUGGGGCGAUCGACGGCCCGUCAGACGACGGGAGGUCGAUUGCCGCUAAUUUACCCAUAACCCGUAGUUUAUCACUGCCAGGAUCGGGACAAUAUUGCUUUUACAGUGUAAACAAUAGCGCUAGGUAGUAUCUUCGAUUGUGAUAAACUGGAUCAUUUCGGAGGCGAACUGAAGUUGUAUAAUUAAGACACUUAAUAUAACCUAUUUUAAUAAAUUUAGUAUCUACGAUUCUUCUGUAAAUAUUGUUUGCAUUGUGGUAAUGUCAGCUUGUGCAUUGUAGUGUAUCAGAGAAAAUUCAUGUCGUUGUUACUGCACUUUGGUUCUUCAAAGUGUUGAUGUUAAAAUCACUGGAGCGGUAUUUAUAGGUUGUGAACGUGUCGGACCAAAAAUUCUGUCAGAAGUAGCUAACGACGCUCCGGCUCAACAUUUUAUUACGGUCUUCGUGUUAACACUCUUCAUGAAUAUUUUAUCAUUUUUAUCCGUAAUGAGUCAUAACAGGUGCAAAACUCCCAUGUUCAUCGUCACGUUAGAAACUAGACACAUUUUCAGGACUUGGCACUUGCAUUAAAUGUAGCAGUAGUAAUUAUUGUAAUUUACAUAAAAUAAAAUGUUGAACAUUU